AUGGUGCAUUCCAACGAUCCUCUUCUAAGCUUACGAAUGAAAUGCGCUGUUGGACUAUCGAUGAAUCCACAUAAUCAUGAAAAUGCAAGAGACGAAGUAUCAGCGAUGCUGGAUCAAGAACGUUUCUAUCAAUGCGGAGACUAUCUUGGACGACGGAAUGUUCGGAAAAAUGAAAAAUCUGGAACCAGCGUCAGAUCUGUCUCGGAAGAGAAUGAAGUACUAGACGGUGUCUGUCGCGAAAAGAUGUGCGAAUGGAGCUACCGAGUUUGCGAACACUUCAACACGAAUCGGGAGAUCGUUGCCAUCGCCAUGAAAUUUCUUGAUCGCUUCAUCGAUCAUUGCAGUUGCGAUCGGAAUGCUUUUAAGCUUGCUGCAAUGACAACACUCUACAUGGCGACGAAAUUAUUUAAUCCAAAACAAAUACCGAUCGGUAGCCUUGCGGACUUGAGCCGUGGAGAAUUUGAAAAUAGUAAUAUUGCGGAAAUGGAGCUUGUCAUUUUGAAAACUCUGGAUUGGCGAUUGAAUCCACCCACUGUGCUGUCCUUCAUCAACAGGUUCCACUCAUUGCUCUGUAUCGAAGAAGUAUCCACGGCCAAAGAUACUCAUCGUAGAGCAACAUUCUUCGCCGAGCUCUCUGUUUAUGACUACAGCCUCGUUACAGAAAAUGCGAGUUUGUUGGCGAUUGCCUCCCUUCUGAAUGCCUUUGAAGGAUUGGAGGACCCAUGUUUUGCUGAUGUGUUGCAUACCAAUCUAAACGAGCUCGUGCAAUGUCAAUUGUCUUUGGUUGUGGACGUACUCGCAGUAGAGAAAGUUCAGUCUCGAUUGUGGUAUCUCUACAGCUGUUCGGCUCAGGUAAAAGCAGACGGAAUUAUUCCAUUGCGUGUGUGUCAGGAGAGGCAACAACGACACGAAGCCAAGAUACACCCGAGUGGUAAAGAUGAAGCGCUGAUGGAUUCUCCUAUUAGCGUUAAUCUUCACGAGCGGUAUUGCUGA